CCUUUAUUGUAAAAAUGAAACUAAAAAGUAUAGAGUGAGUGUGCUGUAUGUAAGUGGGUUUAUGUGCUCAGUUUUUUUGGCAUUCUAGUCAUUUUGGAUUGUGGACAUCAGUAUAUCAUGCUGUUGAUAGAUUUUGAUAUAAAGUAACAAAACAUUUCUGUCAAGAGUUAUUCAGUGGACUGACUGUUGUCUGUAUACAUCAAAUACUUCAGGGCCUGAAACUGGAGUACAAAAGUGAAUAAAAAGACUUCUGGGAGAAAGAAAACAUGCAGAAUCUCUGUACUACAAAUGGGAGAACAGAGCAGUGCUGUGGAGAGCACAGACGGAGACUGGAAUUAUUCUGCCAGGAAGAUGAGGCCUUUAUUUGUGUCCUGUGUAUCCCCAGACAUUCCUGCCACAACUUUGUGUUACUUAAUGAGGCAGUCAGUGUGUAUAAGGACAAAAUCCAAGUAUCCUUAUCAGUUCUUGAAUCCAAACCUAAUGAUCUCAGAAACUUAGCAAACAAGAAAGAAAAGGAACUUGGAGACAUACAGACAUUCUCUUCUAAGAAUGUGUGGUUUACAAAAGAAAAAGCAAAUGUGGAGUGUAUUUUACCAAAAGUUAUUGAAAGUCUGCAGUUUUAUAUUUUCCAAAUUGGUAUUCUAUUAAUAUGUUUUGAAAGACCUGAAGCAGUUCAGAUUUAA